GUGCGGUCAGAAGGCUGGCCACAACAGCAGAGAAAAAGUUGUACUUACCGAUGGCUGUCAUCGCUUUUUCUGACAGAUGUUUUUACGUGCCCUAUUACGCGAAUUUUGCCCUAUCCGAACAGAUUCCAGUGAUAAUCCAUUCUCCGCGUCUUCUGUAAGUCCGAUCUUGUCGUGAUAAACAGAGCCACGACGUGAGGUGCGCUCGUUUUAAGUUUGAAGGGUGCGUCAUCGGAAUUCCAAGGAUCACGAUCACUCGGAAAGAUCAUCGAAGAGACUGAACGGAUAGAAGAAAGAAUAAAAGAACUGUGGACGGGAAACACGUGAAAAAGAGAGGGACUGAAAGCAAAGGGUAUGGCGAAGACAUAUGAUUAUUUGUUCAAGUUGUUACUGAUUGGUGACUCAGGGGUCGGCAAGACGUGCGUCCUCUUCAGGUUCUCCGAAGAUGCUUUCAAUACGACCUUCAUCUCAACCAUUGGAAUUGAUUUUAAAAUAAGAACGAUAGAAUUAGAUGGCAAAAAAAUAAAACUACAAAUAUGGGAUACAGCUGGCCAAGAAAGGUUUCGUACAAUAACUACAGCGUACUAUCGUGGUGCAAUGGGAAUAAUGUUAGUUUAUGAUGUGACCAAUGAGAAGAGUUUCGAGAAUAUAAAAAAUUGGAUUAGGAACAUUGAGGAAAAUGCAUCGGCAGAUGUUGAAAAAAUGCUACUGGGCAAUAAGUGUGAACUCACAGAAAAGCGACAGGUCUCAAAAGAACGGGGAGAACAACUAGCUGUUGAAUAUGGAAUCAAGUUCAUGGAAACUUCAGCUAAGUCCAGCAUUAAUGUUGAAGAGGCAUUUUACACCCUUGCACGAGACAUUAAAGCUAAAAUGGAAAAGAAGCUGAAGGAGGCAUCAAAUCCACCAAAGGGAGGCGGACACCAGUUGAAGGCAUCCGAGCCACAGAGGAAGCCACCAAGUUGGCUCGCACGAUGCUCUAUACUCUGACCCUUUGGCCGGCAUUACCUUGACCGUCACCUUUUACUCUUCACCUUCGGUCUCCUUCUCUCGCUUCAUGACGCGAGUGUUUCUGUGAUUUUACUCCUUGAUGGCCACCUUCGUUUUCCUCCGUCGCUGCCGGUCUCUCUUUUUUACUGAUUACUCAUAGGAGCUCUUUUAAUCCUGGAGGAGAAACACACUUCCCUUUCUCUCUCUUUCUCUCUCUCCCCUCCUUUCUCUCUCUCUAUCUCAAGAAAAAAGGAAAAUCAUAUUUGAGGAUUCUCAAAGGAAACGAUCAUCGCGGAUUGUGAUAAUUUUUUGAUAAUUUUCUAAACGACGUCGAAAAGCGAUUUCAAGACACAAAAUCCGAAGACAUGACCGUAACAUCCAUUCUCCUUUGCCUAAUCUCAUAAAGUGUAGUAUCGUAGCAAGAUAUCAUGGGUGUGUAAUUUGCAAUUUAAAGACUAUCCGAACCUAAUUAAGUGGGCGAAUGAUGGCGACACAUAAUAGAUUCUAUAGCCAAAGGGGAUGAUUCCAACCGUUAAAAUGAUCAACGAAUAAUUUAGAUUGUAAAUCGACGCUGAGUGGUCUUUUUAUAUGGAACAAUUGACGUACUUUCUCGUUUUUUGAAGAGGACUUGUGAUAGUAGGAGCUGUAAAAAUUAUUUCAUCCGGAGAAGAGUGACGUAAUCGCGUAAAUACUUCUGAAAGCAAUAACAUAGAAAAUUGUUUUUAUUUUCAUGUCGUACUUUUAACGAAUGUUUCGAUGAAUGCACAAAAAAGAUUCAGUUGAAAUCCGUAGCAUGAAAGAAGGAACAUGAGGUGUAUGAUUCUGUGCUACACACUGCAAUGUUUCUCCUCCAUUUCUUAAAACGAUCAAGGGGUAUGAUCGAUUUUUAACACACAUCUGUAUUCACUUUAUUUAAACAAUAACGAAAGAGAGAGAAUUUCUCUUGUGAAUUGAAGAGAAAUCAUCUCUUUCUUUUUAUGGUAGCUCGAGGAUAUUUGUUUAUAACAAAAAGAAGAGGGUACGGAUAGGUAAACAAUGGGCGGUCAUUUUUUAUAUAUAAAUAUAUGAAUAAAUAUACAUAUAUACAUAUACAUACGCAUGCACGCACGUGUAUGUAUAUAUACAUAUAUAUAUAUAUAUAUAUAAUACACAUUGUCAAGUUAGCUUUUUCACCGAAUCGAAGGGGAAUCUUCAUUAAUUAACUCAUUAAUUAAUUAGCGCAAAUUCGUGAUUCGAAGAGAGAACUCUUUCGAUUUUCUUUCACUUAUUUCCUGUUUCUAUUGUUGAAGUAAUUAAAAUGAAAAAAAGGUGGAACACGGACUUCGUCUUCGUUUGAAACGCUUGUUGUAAUAGUUUUUCGAGGAAACAGAGGGUCCUCUUUUUCUUUUUAUACACAUAUACAAGAAAAAGGGGUUCCGAUUUGUUUCCACUUAUACUUAAAUAUACGAUUAUUAUAAUACAUUUUAUAUUAAUCCUAUUCGUCUUCGUUUAUUAUUGAAACCUGCCUUUCCUAAUUCUUCGAUGACAAAUUAUUAAUUUUAUCGUCACAUUCGCUAAUAUUGCUGUCUGUUUUAUCAUUUUCGUUUAGGUGUUGUAUUAAUACUAUUUAGAACUGCAAUUAACAGAAGUUUUAUUUUCUAAUCAUACAGCUUUACCAUUACAAAAACCUCUGUGAGCUAUGUUUAUUUUAAGCAAAUUUUUUGUACUCCAAAAUUCAGACGAUCGCUUCCAUUAAGUUUUUAGCUAAAUUAAACUGAAAGGGCAACGAAUUAAUGACUAAAUAUUCCUUAAAGCAGUACAUCACAACAAUAACGUUAUUGUAUAUAUAUAUGAAAAUUCUUAAUAAUUUUUUAAUCGUUUUAUAACGACGAGCAAUGUAACUUUAUUUAAGAAUAUAUUAUCAAGUUUAACGAACAUAUCACUUAUCAGAUGUAUUGACAAAAUAAAUGUUGUUAAUCAACGAA